GGGCUCUCGGCCACUGCAGAAGAGUCGAUGGUAGUCCCACAGUCGUGGUUCAUCAGUAAUAUCACUGUUCACAGUAGUCGUCUGUUAGGGAAGGGCUCGUAUGGUUUGGUGUGUCUCGGUGAGUGGCUGGGGGUCCCUGUGGCUGUGAGGAAACUCCACGAGUCCUUAUUCACCCUCUCGAAAUGCGAAGAAGAGAAGACUCGCACGUUAAAGGCAUUCGUUAGCGAGGUUGGCACGCUGUUUCAGUUGAACCACCCAAACAUUGUAUCUUUUUAUGGGAUCCACGACUCCUCAAUACAAGGUGAGCUCUCUCUAAUAUCAGACACAUAUCUCGUCCAAGAGCUGCUCUGCGUCUCUCUUAAUGCCCGUAACCGGCAGAAACCGAGACUCUCUUAUCGAAACGUCCUAGACCUCUCAAUCGGUAUCACAGGAGGUCUCCGAUACCUUCACGAGAGGUCCAACCCAAUAACACAUCAAGACCUCACUAGCAAAAACAUACUACUUAGUCUGGCUGGGAUACCCAAAAUAUCCGACCUUGGCAUAGCCAAAAUACUCAAUUCGACUUGCGAGAGUUUUGCUAGGCACUCGAGAAGACCAGGUACUGAACUGUACAUGCCGCCUGAAGUCAAGAUGGCCGAUGGAGAAGAUCGAAAAACCUAUGACUAUAGAGUUGAUAUAUACUCGCUUGGUGUGAUAGUCCUGGAAAUGAGUAUAGGGAGGGAUCCUGUUGCCAGCGAGGCGUUUAGAAUCUGUGAAAAUGAAGGAUUCCAGAUAGUACCAGAGAUUGAAAGACGACAGAACGACUUGGAAGAAGUGCUUGACUCUCCCCUGUACAACAUAAUCCUUGCCUGCCUUACUAAUAUCAAUGAUAGACCAGAUGCGAUUAAUGUGUACGAAAAACUAUCAGAAUUAAUGGAAGAGCCAGCUUACACUAGUCUUCCUGAUACAGCUAUAAUGCUGCAUAAUAAAAGCCCUGACCAUUCGGCAGAGCUACAAGAGAAGAUACAACUGCUAGCAAAAGAGAAGGACAUACUGCCAAAGAAUAAUGUCACCUCGUCUCUCCUGUCUUCUCCCUCUUCCUCUCCCUCUCGCUCUCCCUCUCAAUCCGCACAAGACAAGAUCGAUCGUUUGGAAGCAACGAUACGCUCCCGUGACAACGAGAUAGCCUCGCUAAGAGAACGUAACAUACAGCUUGAGGAGGAGCUUGGAAAAGAGCAGAGAAAAGGUCUAACUAAAGCAGCUCCGUCAGUCAAACUAUCAGCAAGAGGUGAGUCCCUAAGCAAAGGUGACGAUGAUGACUUGCUAACUGAACUGAAAUCAACUAAAAAACAACUGGAGAGAUACAAAGACCUGACGGUUAAACUAGACGAGACACUGAAAGAGACUAAGCUAGAAUUAGCUAAAUAUGCUCACAGACAAACCAGCUAUGAUAUACAUGGACAAUAUGAAACAAAUGCUCUUAGAUCCGAGAAUAGGAUUUUGAGAUCGGAAGUGGAAAGAAUGAAAAGGGAGUCUGUACACUAUCAGCAGCAGAUGGCAAACUAUGGUAGACAUUAUAAUUUGCAUCAUUCCUCUCCAUUACAUUAUUAUAAUAAGUAAUACAUCAAUAGAAUUAUCAUAAUGUGUGUCUGUUUGGUUGUAUUUCUGUUGUACUAGAAUGUAAAUAUUAUGUAAUAAUAAAUUAUUUAUGACUAA